AUGGCACUUGGAACACCUUCAAUUGUGUUUUCAACUAGUCAGAAAGAACUCGUUUUACCGGUUAAUCAUGACUAUGAACGCUUCCGGGCUAAAAUGAUGAGCAGGAGCUACACACUUUCGUCAGUGCCUCGCAGCCCGGCACCCGGUUUUAUGGAGGGUCCAUCAACACCACCGACCACACAACCCCAUCCAUUAACCGCUUUUGUCAAUCGACUCAAUGGGAAUGGACGAGAUGUGGAGGCUCAACUCUCACCGAGCAAUGAAAGCCCAUCAAAACACAGACUUUUUGAAAACCCAUUCUCUCGACGUAGACUUCGACAACAAAGCCUCAACCUCGACGAAGAUCUGGGCUAUCCGCCAGCAUAUAACGCGGGCCCUCCUCCGGAGCUCGGCACUGCGUGCUCAGCCCGCUCCCUUCCCUCUCCAUCACAUCUACGAGAGCAAUCGGGCACAGCGGAGCGGUUUCGAAUUCGAAGUCAUUCGGACGCCGAACACAUGAUUGCAAAUAGUGGCCGCCGCUCAUCGGGACUCAUCGUUUUUCUUAACACGAGUGCCGAGAAUUCCCCUCGCUCGCCUACAAACAGUGAAGCACCACUCAAUGGAACACCCGUUUUCUCUCUUCCAUCACCGCGUCGUCCACUUUACGUCGAUACACAGUUGGCCAAUGGGUCGAUGAACUGGGAUAAGAAGAAGAGUCCGGUUUGUGCAGUUUUUGACAUUGUGAGGAACAAUCGCAAAUCAAACUCUAUAAGCGCACCCUCGCCGCAACCAGUGAGCGCUCGGUGCUCCAGCUCUAGUGAUGGACCACAGCCAUCUCCGCGCUGCCGUGUGGGUAGCAACCGAUACACCCGACCUGGUGGACAACGGAGUCUCGACAGCGGGCUUGACCUUGCCUCUCCAACAAUCUCAUCAACAGCUCUUCUCAUCCGCGAGGUUUAU